AUGAUGCAGACAGGAGACGACAAGGUCGACCGCGACGUCGAGCAUACGAAAUGGAUGGAGCAGGCGAUGGACAUGGCUAGAGAAGCUCUCGCUGCAAGCGAAGUUCCCGUUGGCUGCAUCUUUGUGCGGGACGGCAUGGUCAUUGCCAGAGCCAGAAACCGUACAAAUGAACUUCGAAACGCAACCAGACACGCCGAGCUUGAGGCUAUCGAUGCAAUUCUUUUAGAUCCCGAGCUCACGCCUGGCCCAGCAACCUACCCCUUGUCGAAUACUACUCUCUACGUCACGGUUGAGCCGUGCAUGAUGUGCGCCUCUGCUUUGCGACAGAUGGGUAUCAAAGAGGUAUUCUAUGGGUGCGAAAAUGAGAAAUUUGGUGGGUGCGGAAGUGUCCUUGGCGUCAACGGCAGUUUGCCGCAUCCCAGACAUCCUGCUUACAGCGCCUCGUCAGGCUGCUGCCGCGAAGAGGCGAUCAUGAUUUUGCGACGCUUCUACCUCACUGAAAACUCGAAUGCGCCAGCACCAAAAUCGAAGGCGAAUCGGGUCCUCAAGACAGAGAUCUCGUCGAGACCCGGAACAUAG